AUGUCUGUCCAAUACCACCAGCCUUCCAACUUCGACAAGUUUAAAAUGGGUGCCGUUAUGGGCGGUACCGUUGGUGUCUGCGUUGGCGUUUUGUUUGGAGGUUUCUCCAUUUUGCAACAUGGUGCUGGCCCCAAUGGUGUCAUGAGAACUUUAGGACAAUAUAUCAUGGGCUCCGUGGCAACUUUCAGCUUGUUCAUGUCCAUCGGUUCUGUCAUCAGAUCUGAGACUGAAUACCAAGCAUAUGAAAGAGCAAUGCUCCACUCUCAAAGAGAGAGAUUGAGAAAGAUUUAUGGCUUCCAGAGCUAG